AGCACUUUAUUUUUCAAGGAAGUUCCGCGUUUCAUAGGGACUGGAUUUAUUUGAUUUAGCCUUCACUCAGCAACAAUUUUUCAUGAAGUAGGCUAUUCGAUUGUCUUCGAUAAUAAAAGGUCGCUUGCGCGCACACAUGGUCUAAGAAGGCCACUUUGUGGAUACACUUGGUAAAUAGUCGUUUAAAAGUUUCUGUUUGGGCGUAAUUCUUUGCAGCAAGAUGUCUAUUCACAAUACCUCCACAUCAUACAGGACCGUCAGCGUCUCGUCGGACCCGGCCACCACAGUUCUAUCCCCGGGCCAAUACAUCGACGGUGGCCAAUACAUCGACGGUUACAGAGCUAUGAGUGUUUCGUCUGCUCCGGUACAGUAUGGUAUCGGUAAUGGCUACGAGACCGUGCGCUACCUGAUGCCGGUACAGCAGGCGAUGCAGCAGCAGCAGAUGCAGUACGUGUUGGUCAACCAGGCCCCACAGGUUAUGCAGCAAAUGGUGGCACCUGUAUAUUUGCAGAAUAUCGAGAGUGUCAGUGUGAGUAGUUUGGAAGAAUCGAACAUCUACCGACAACAAAAUGUAGAGAAUGUGAAUGGGAGAACUCCUUCUGUCUUCAGCCAGACGUCUAGCUCCAUCAAGAGCCCUGAGCCUAGUGUCGGAGAGGAGGAGGAAGAGGAGGAGGAGGAGGAGGAGGAGGUAGAAGAGGACAUCGUGAACAUUGUGGAGGAGAGGAAGGUGGAGAGGGUGAUAGAGAAAGUGUCUCAGGUGGAUAUAAAGAACAAGGUGAGGGAGGUAGAACCCCUGGUGAAGAUGGACACACGUUUCUUUGGAGAGCUGCUGGCGGAGGUUUAUAGGAAGAACUGUGACAUCCACACCUGCAUCUCAGAACACGUGGCCAAGAUACGUGGACGGAAACACCUCCUGGAUCCCAGCAAUGACUACAAGAUGGAGAGAGAGGACAUCGAGGCCCUGAUCCCCAAAGGAGCAUCUGAACUGACCAAACAGCAGAUCCGCUAUUUGCUGCAGACCCGUAUGACAGCUGACAAGACAAUGCGUCUCCUCCUGACCACCUUCAGCAGUCUGAGGGAGGAGCUGAUCCACAUGUCAGAGGACCUGAGGCGUCUGGAGAGUGAGAAGGAGACCCUUGAGAGAGACCUAAGCUUCAAGGCUGACCAGGCUGAGCAGUAUGACCGCCUCCUAGAGGCUGUACGAGAGAACAACAGACAGCUACAGAUAUCUCUGAAGGAGAGCAGCUUCAGCCAGCGGACCCUGGAGACUCAGCUCCUGAGCAGCCACAGUACAGACUCAGGCAGGGAGUUCCGCGUCAAAGAACUGGAGGGCAGCUACCGAGCCCUGGAGAAAGAGAACGAGAUGCUCAAACAGAAGCUGGCCGGUCAGUGCGGCAGUAGCACCAUUCAGAUGAAGACAGAGGAGCUGUCUCGUCAGUACUCGGAGCAGCUAGCUGCCCUGCGCCAGGAGAAGGACAAGGAACUGCAGAGCCUCAGGACCCAGCUGACACAGAUCACCACGGAGUACACCACGGAGAGAUCAGGUGACAAGAGCCUGCAGCUUCGCAUCACACAGCUGCUGACAACACUGGAGCAGCGGGAGGUCGUCAUCAAACGUCAGGAAGAGGAGAUCUGGCAACUGCAGCAGAAGAAGAGUGACAGCUCCAAGAACGUCACCACGACCACUAUCACCAAAAGGUACAGGAACCAGUACCCCCUCCUGGGCCUGCUGAGUGAUGAAUUCCAAUCCACAUUGCCCGUCAAGGAUGCCAAGACCGUCGUCAUCGAGAGCCGGACGGGGGAGAUUAUCAAACAGGAAAUCAUUACAACCCCUUAAAGACACUGCUUCUCUCUGCUCUGCACAGGAAUGAACGACAAGAAGACCCUGACCCCCCGCAUGCUGCUGCCUCCCCCUCCCUCUUCCUCAGGGCUCCCAGGGUGGUGGUGGUGGUAGGUUCAACACCCUAUAUUUGGGAUGAGUGGUUUUGACCAAAUGGGGUUUGCUUAGAUGGGAGGCUUCACUUUGGUUGGGAUGGGGGGCACCAAAUACUCAACAACCAAAUAUGUUAUAGUAGAAGCUUAUGCUACAGCAAGGAGGGCUGGGGAGGGGACAGGGAAGAGGGGGCUGGUGCUUAUUAGUGUGCAGCUAUCUAGUCCUCUGUCCUCAAUGGAGCCACCACUACCCUGUUAGUCUUUGGGACAACUCCUCUAAAGGCGUUAUGGUGAUAGUAUGGUUACUUUGCAUGUAAAUAAGGAAGCUAAAUAUUAUUUAAUUAUGCGCCAAUUAAAGAGACUGUAUGUUGAAAUUCGCUUUGGCAGACAUUUAAUAAAAAUGGCCACCUCUGUUCUGGUCUUGCUAUUCUUUUGUGGCAAGGUAAUGGUCCAUAGCUGUGAUAUGUUUUAGAUGCAUUUAGUUUCAAGUUUAUACCUUAAGAGGUACAUGGGUAUGUUCUGAUUUGUUUUGAAUGAGGGGUUAUUUGAAUGGAAUGCAGCGCUUGGGUUUGGGGGUUGGAGUGGGUGUAUGAGAAUAUGAAUGACUGGGUUGGAUAUGGACUGGUGCAUGGUUCUAUGGGUAAUAUACGAUGGUGGAUGACCUGGUCAUUUUAUAAACACUGUAUGGAGUACUAUGUUUUUCCUUUGGAUUGUUAUCUGCUGAAGUUCUCUUUCCUAUGCUCUCCCAUUUAAAGUCAACCUGUUAUUUUCUAUUUAGGCCUUAACCUCUGCUUUUUGGAACUGUGAUUAAAAUGUCAAAUUUAA